CUUUGGGAAAAUGAUAAAUCAUAGAUGUGCAUGUCCUGGCAUUCCAGAAAUACGAAGUAGAUGAAUCUAAAGCGACAAGUUUCAGCUACUCAAAGAUCUGAUGUGCAUAGGAUUACCUGAAACAAAGGCAACAAUAGAUAAGAAGAUGUAUCAUCAAGGCCACAACAACGUCGUUUCUUCUAGGGAAGCAUUUCCUCCAGAGAGGCAUUUGUUAUUGCAACAAUGGGGGAGCAUUCCAGACGAAUCGGGACUAGUGCUAUCGACUGAUGCAAAGCCAAGGUUGAAGUGGACACCUGAACUCCAUGAUAAAUUCAUAGAAGCAGUUAAUCAACUUGGCGGAGCAGACAAGGCAACACCAAAAGCAGUCAUGAGACUCAUGGGCAUUCCUGGACUGACACUGUAUCACCUAAAAAGCCAUCUUCAGAAGUACAGACUCAGCAAAAAUCUUCAACCUCAAGCAAACAUGGGAAGUACUAAGAGUGUUGUAGGUUGUCAGCUAGCAGCAGAAAUGACAGAUGAAGGUAAUAAUAAUAUAUCAGCCGUGACAAAUACAAAUAUUGUUCCCCAGCCCAAGCCUAUUCAGAUAAAUGAAGCACUUCAAAUGCAAAUUGAGGUACAAAGACAGCUACAAGAACAACUAGAGGUUCAGAGGCAUUUACAAUUCCGAAUAGAGGCGCAGGGUAAAUACUUGCAGUCUGUGCUGGAGAAGGCUAAAGAGACACUUGGGAAGCAGAAUUUGGGUGCUCCAGGACUGGAAGCUGCUAAAGUUCAACUCUGUGAACUAAUAUCCGAAGUCUCAAAUGAAUGCUUCAGCAAUGCCUUUCCAGUAGAAAGUUGCCUUACAUCAUCUGAAGGAUCACAAAAGAAUCAAGACAUAAAUGAUCUCCACCAAGGUUUAAGAAAGUAUAAUGGCAGCUUACUGCUUCGUAGACCAAACCUGCAUGAUUACAAGCCUUUUUCUUCAUCCAGUCUAGGAGAUUACGAAAGAGCAUCUGUAUCGGUCUGUAAAUUUGAGGCGCAUCCUUUAAGUUCUAAAGCUCAAAGAGGAGGCGCUAUUUCAGAGGCAUGGCACAAGGAAAGAAGAGCUGAGGCCAUAUUUCUUGAGCAUCCACACAGCAAGAAACAUGCAGAACAGAAAAAUAGAGGAAAGGAAUCAACUGGUUUUGGAAUAGCUAGUCAUACAGCACAACUAGACCUCAAUGCCGAUGAAGAUAAUGGAGAUGGAACAGAGAGGAAAUUCGACUUGAAUGGUUUCAGUUGGGCCUAGUUUGUGACAAUGAAACUAGUUACAAAAAAGUGAAAUAUUCUAGUGUUUGGAGUCAAAAUAUCAUAAGUUGAGACUCGCCCCCAGUAACCCGACGGACACUUUCGAUUCAACUCUUCCAAAACUAACCGCCGAUUCUGAGUCUCUGAGACAUCAGCACUGGCCGCUUGGGGUGUCGGCACCGGCAACGGCCAGGCCGCAAUCUCCAUGAGCACCCACAGUUGUCAUUUUUCUUGUUUUAAGAGUUGUAUUGAUCGUUUA